CCCGCCGGUCCCGGCGGUCCCCAGGAUGCCCCCGAGCACCCGCGCGGCCCGGCCCGGCCCCCGGCUCUGAGCGCGCCGCCGCACAGGAUCCUGCAUCAGAAGUGUGGAAAGUAGAUUGCUGGGUCCAAAACAGAAAAACAGUGGCAACGUUUUGCUGAGUUUCCAGACCUUUCUCACGAUGGAACCGAUAACGUUCACAGCAAGGAGACAUCCGUUUCCCAACGAGGUGUCGGUGGAUUUCAGCCUCCAGCUGGUGGGCUCCUUGCCCGUGCAUGCUCUCACGACCAUGCCCAUGCUGCCGUGGGUGGUGGCAGAGGUGCGAAGGCGCAGCGGGCAGUGCCCCCGAAAGGAGCCUGUUCCCCGGCAAGUCCAGCUCUGUGUUUCCCCGUCUGGACUGAGAUGCGAGCCUGAGCCGGGCAGAAGUCAACAGUGGGACCCGCUGAACUGUCCCAGCAUCUUCGAGUGCAAGCCACAGCAUGUGCACAAACUGAUUCACAACAGCCACGACCCCAGCUACUUCGCUUGUCUGAUUAAGGAAGAUGCUGUCCGUCGGCAGAAUAUCUGCUACGUGUUCAAAGCCGACGAUCAAACAAAGGUGCCUGAGAUCAUCAGCUCCAUCCGCCAGGCCGGCAAGAUCGCCCGCCAGGAGGAGCUGCACGGCCCCUCGGAGUUGGAUGACACGUUUGCCAAGAAGUUCGAGGUGCUCUUCUGCGGCCGCGUGACGGUGGCCCACAAGAAGGCCCCGCCGGCCCUGAUCGAUGAGUGCAUCGAGAAGUUCAACCACGUCAGCUGCAGCAGGAACGCGGACCGGUGCUGGCCCGCGCAGAGCCCCGAGCGCCCGAGCGCCAGGGGAGCAGCGCCCCUGCGGGAGCAGCCGGGGCCGGGCGGCGCGGGGCCCGCCGGGAGGCGCAUGCGCAAGUCCUGCUCGCAGCCCGGCCUGCGCUCGCUGGCCGCCAGGAGGGACUGCCCCGACGGCCGCCUCAGGAGCGGCGGCUUUUUCAGCUCUUUUGAGGAAAGCGACAUUGAAAACCACCUCGUUAGCGGACACAACAUUGUGCAGCCAACAGACAUCGAGGAAAAUCGGACUAUGCUGUUCACGAUUGGCCAAUCUGAAGUUUACCUCAUCAGUCCUGACACCAAAAAAAUAGCAUUGGAGAAAAAUUUUAAGGAGAUAUCCUUUUGCUCUCAGGGCAUCAGACACGUGGACCACUUUGGGUUUAUCUGCCGGGAGUCUUCUGGAGGUGGCGGCUUUCAUUUUGUCUGCUACGUGUUCCAGUGCACAAAUGAAGCUCUGGUAGAUGAAAUUAUGAUGACCCUGAAGCAGGCUUUCACGGUGGCUGCCGUGCAGCAGACGGCCAAGGCGCCCGCCCAGCUGUGCGAGGGCUGCCCCUUGCAGGGCCUGCACAAGCUCUGUGAGAGGAUAGAGGGAAUGAAUUCUUCUAAAACCAAACUAGAACUGCAAAAGCACCUGACAACAUUAACUAAUCAGGAGCAGGCGACUAUUUUUGAGGAGAUUCAGAAAUUGAGACCAAGAAAUGAGCAGCGAGAGAAUGAAUUGAUUAUUUCUUUUCUGAGAUGUUUAUAUGAAGAUAAACAAAAAGAACACGUCCAUAUCGGGGAAAUGAAGCAGACUUCGCAGAUUGCAGCGGAGAAUAUUGGCAGUGAAUUACCACCCAGUGCCACUCGAUUUAGGCUAGAUAUGCUGAAAAAUAAAGCAAAGAGAUCUUUAACAGAGUCUUUGGAAAGUAUUUUGUCCCGGGGGAGUAAAGCCAGAGGCCUGCAGGAACACGCUGCCAGCACGGAUCUAGACAGCUCCAUGUCUAGCACACUAAGCAACGCCAGCAAAGAGCUGUCUGCAGGUGAGAAGGAAGCCUUGCCCAUCUCUGAAAGCUCCUUCAAGCUCCUGGGCUCCUCAGAUGACCUGUCCAGUGACUCGGAGAGCCACCUCCCGGAAGAGCCUGCUCCGCCAUCACCCCAGCAGGCCUUCAGGAGGCGAGCGAACACCCUGAGUCAUUUCCCGGUGGAAUGCCAGGAACCUCUGGAACCUGCUCAGGGCUCUCCAGUGGCCUUGCAGAGGAAACUUAUGAGGUAUCACUCAGUGAGCACAGAGAUGCCUCAUGAACAAAACGCCGACGCCCCGCCUGCGGGCCGGCCUGGGUGUUGCCCGGCUCCUGCUCCUCCGCCGCGCCUUAGCCCCUCGGCCUCCUCGCCAAACUUUUUUAAGUACCUAAAACAUAAUUCCAGUGGAGAGCAAAGUGGGAAUGCUGUGCCAAAGAGCAUCUCCUACCGUAAUGUCCUGCGGAAAAAACUUCAUUCUUCUUCUUCUGUGCCAAAUUUUCUAAAAUUUCUGGCUCCUGUAGAUGAAAAUAACACCUCUGACUUUAUGAACACAAAAAGGGACUUUGAAUCCAAAGCAAACCAUCUUGGUGACUGUGGCGGGACCCCGGUGAAGGCCCGGAGGCAUUCUUGGAGGCAGCAGAUAUUCCUCCGAGUGGCCACCCCGCAGAAAGCGUGCGACUCUCCCAGCAGAUACGAAGAUUAUUCAGAGCUGGGAGAGCUUCCGCCACGAUCCCCCUUAGAACCAGUUUGUGAAGAUGGACCCUUUGGCCCUGUACCAGAGGAGAAGAAAAGGACAUCUCGUGAGCUUCGAGAGCUAUGGCAAAAGGCUAUUCUACAGCAGAUACUGCUUCUCAGAAUGGAGAAGGAAAAUCAGAAGCUACAAGCCUCUGAAAAUGAUUUGCUGAAUAAGCGCCUGAAGCUUGAUUAUGAAGAAAUCACUCCUUGUCUUAAAGAAGUAACUGCAGUGUGGGAAAAGAUGCUUAGCACUCCAGGGAGAUCAAAAAUUAAGUUUGACAUGGAAAAAAUACACUCAGCUGUUGGGCAAGGUGUGCCACGUCAUCACCGAGGUGAAAUCUGGAAAUUUCUAGCUGAGCAAUUCCACCUAAAACACCAGUUUCCCAGUAACCAGCAGCCAAAGGACGAGCCAUACAAGGAACUCCUAAAACAGCUCACCUCCCAGCAGCACGCGAUUCUCAUUGACCUUGGGAGAACAUUUCCAACACACCCGUACUUCUCUGCCCAGCUUGGAGCAGGGCAGCUGUCCCUUUAUAACAUUUUGAAGGCCUACUCCCUUCUAGACCAGGAAGUGGGAUAUUGCCAAGGUCUCAGCUUCGUAGCAGGCAUUUUGCUUCUUCAUAUGAAUGAGGAAGAGGCGUUUAAAAUGCUCAAGUUUCUGAUGUUUGACAUGGGGCUGCGGAAACAGUAUCGGCCGGACAUGAUUAUUUUACAGAUCCAGAUGUACCAGCUCUCGAGGCUGCUCCACGAUUACCACAGAGACCUCUACAACCACCUGGAGGAGCACGAGAUUGGCCCCAGUCUCUACGCCGCCCCCUGGUUCCUCACCGUGUUCGCCUCCCAGUUCCCGCUGGGAUUUGUGGCCAGAGUCUUUGAUAUGAUCUUUCUUCAGGGAUCAGAGGUCAUAUUUAAAGUGGCUUUAAGUCUGCUGGGAAGCCAUAAGCCCUUGAUUCUGCAGCAUGAAAACCUAGAAACCAUAGUUGACUUUAUAAAAAACACACUACCCAACCUGGGCUUGGUCCAAAUGGAAAAGACCAUCAAUCAGGUGUUUGAGAUGGACAUCGCUAAACAGUUACAAGCUUACGAAGUUGAGUACCAUGUGCUUCAAGAAGAACUUAUUGAUUCCUCUCCUCUCAGUGACAACCAAAGAAUGGAUAAAUUGGAGAAAACCAACAGCAGCUUACGCAAACAGAACCUUGACCUCCUUGAACAGUUGCAGGCGGCGAACUGUAAGAUCCAAAGCCUUGAAGCCACCGUGGAGAAGCUCCUGAGCAGCGAGAGCAAGCUGAAGCAGGCCACCCUCGCCCUGGAGCUGGAGCGGGCAGCCCUGCUGCGCACGGUGGAGGAGCUGCAGCGGCGGGCGCCCGGCCACGCGCGGUCCGAGCUCACGGGGGACUGACAGCUCCGCGGAGAGGCUGUCACGCCAUCCCAGCUGUCCAGGCCUCGACUGAGAGGGACGGAAGUGCUGGAGGGAGGAGACGAGGGAGUGUGAAGCGUGCUUCUCAGGGAGGAGACUGGCUUGCCAGCGUGCGGCCUUCUGAGCCCAAACUUGCGUUGAGGGGGCGAGUGUCCCAGCGUUUUCGUUGCUGUUUCAUCCGCUCUCCAGUCCUGAUUGCUGUGCGUGGCCGCUGUAGGCGGCACGGACGUGAAUAAACGCUCCUUACGUUUU